CAUUAUUUGUUUGUAUUUUAGUGAACGGUUUUUCCUCUUAACAUCUCCGGAGUCGUCCUUUCAAACAGCUGCGCUUCUCCCGGACCGUAUCGGUCAUAUUGUUAUAGCUAGUGGUUAGGAAAGAUCCGGUGAUAGUCUGUAUCGGCUUGCGGUUGAAAGAGCAUGCUGUGCUGUGGAAAAGCAGGCUACGUAACCCAGCUCGAUUCACAGUCGACGCAGAGUCAGCAACAAGUACAGAGCUCACAACCCAGCGGCAACAAUAUGGCUGAUGACGAACAACAGUGGAGAAAACAAUGGGUAUCUAAGAAGACUGAAGAACUUUGGGCGGCUCUGGAGAAAGGUGGUUCAAAAUCUCUUUUAAAGCAGCAUUUGACAAAGGAUGUUUAUGAAAAGCUGAAGGACAAGAAUACGGAUUUGGGAGGAACACUUGCACAAUGUAUGAGUUCAGGAGCCCUUCAUCCGGGGAGCAAGGUCGGUAUUUAUGCCUGCGAUCCCUCUGCAUACACAUCAGCCGGAUACAAGGAGUUGUUUGACAAGGUCAUUCAACACUACCACACCGGCAAGGCCGACGGAAACGUGAAACAUCCCCAGCCUAGCUUCGGAACUGACGCUGAGAUUGAUAGUCUUGGAGAUCUUGACCCCACUGGUUAUUUCGUCAAGUCGACUCGUGUCCGUGUUGCCAGGAGUCACAAAGGCAUGCCAUUCCCUCCAGCUGCCAAAAAAGAGGACUUUGAAAAGAUGGAGAAACUUGCUUGUGAGGGUUUGUCCACUUUGACUGGAGAGCUGGCCGGAACUUACUACCCCCUACGUGGAAUGGACAAGGCCGUGCAGCAGAAGAUGAUUGAAGAUCACUUCCUGUUCAGAGCAGACGACUCCGUUCUGGGUGAUGCUGGCGGAUACAGUUGCUGGGAUACCGGAAGAGGUAUCUUCCAUAACAAGGACAAGACCUUCCUUACAUGGUUGAACGAGGAAGAUCACUUCCGUUUCAUCUCUAUGCAAAUGGGCGGAAAUCUAGGACAAGUCUACAAAAGACUUGUAUCAGCUAUUAAACAUAUCGAGACCAAGAUGGAAUUUGCCAAAGCCGACGGUCUUGGUUACCUGACCUUCUGUCCAACAAAUCUUGGAACAACCAUGAGAGCUAGUGUACAUGUACGUGUACCCAUGCUCAGCAAGGAUCCAAAGGUCCUUAAUGACAUCUGUGCCAAAUACAACCUUCAACCCAGAGGUGUCCAUGGUGAGCACUCUGAGAGUAAGGGAGGUGUGUACGACAUCUCAAACAAGCGCCGUCUAGGUCUCACUGAAUGGGACGCCGUCAAUGAAAUGAAGAAUGGUGUACUAGAAAUCAUUAAAGCUGAAGCCGCUCUUACUUGGACACCAAAGCCACUGAGCGAAUUGUACGAAACUAUCAGCAAGAGUGACUCCCCGUCUCUCAUGAAGAAGUACCUGACUAAAGAAGUAUACGAGAAGUACAAGAACACAAAAACAUCCCUCGGUGGAACACUUGCUCACUGCAUCAACUCAGGCUGUUUACAUCUUGGCAGCAAAGUAGGUAUCUAUGCCUGCGACCCUGAAGCCUACACAGUAUUUGAAGAUAUAUUUAACAAUGUAAUCAAAGAAUAUCACAAAGUUGACAAAAUUAAUCAUCCAGUACCAACAUUUGGUACGGAGGACCAGAUGUCCAAGCUUGAAAAUAUUGAUCCCGACGGUAACAUGGUCCUCUCAACCCGUAUACGUGUGGCCAGAAGUCAUACAAAGUACGCAUUCCCACCGGCUUGUACGUCAGAGGACUUGGAAAACAUGGCCGAUGACACAGUUAAAGCUCUGAAUACACUGACUGGAGAACUUGCCGGUAAAUACUAUCCUCUUGCUACCAUGAGUGAAGGUGACAAAAAACAAUUGGUUGAGGACCAUUUCCUCUUCAGAGAUGACGACGACGUUUUGAGAGACGCUGGCGGCUACAAGUACUGGGACACCGGUCGUGGUAUCUACCAUAACAAGGACAAGACCUUCUUGACCUGGGUUAACGAGGAGGACCAUCUUCGUUUGAUCUCUAUGCAGAAAGGUGGCGAUUUGGGAGGUGUAUACAGACGUCUGGUCAAGGCCAUCGGUGAGUUAGAGAAAAAACUGACAUUUGCUAAAAGGGACGGCUAUGGCUACCUUACAUUCUGUCCAUCCAAUCUGGGAACCACCCUUAGAGCUAGCGUACACAUGAAGAUACCAAAUGUAUCUAAACAACCAAACUUCAAAGAGGAGUGUGAAAAAUACAACAUUCAACCAAGAGGUAUUCAUGGCGAGCACUCUGAGAGUGAGGGAGGCGUAUACGAUCUGUCAAACAAGCGCCGACUUGGUCUGACUGAAUACGAUGCCGUGAGGGAAAUGUUGAAUGGCGUUUUGAAAUUGAAGGCAUGGGAAAUUGAACUUGCUGGAGGAAAGAAAUAAAAUGUGUCCUUAAUAGACAUUGUAUUAAUCGUGUGACCAAGAUACUAAGACAAUUUCAUUAAAAAAUGUGUUUAGACUUAUGUUCUUUCAACUUUAACAAAACUAGAACUUGACAUCAAAAUACGUCCGUUUAUAUUAAUGGAUAAUUUGUUUGAUUUAUUAUGCAUUCAUUGAAAAAUUAUGCAAGUGACUAUUUAUUAUACAGAACAGAGACUAGGAUUUUUUUACCAAUUCCCAUAAAGUGUCAAUAUUUGUGUUUAGCCUAGAUUUCCCGAGUCGGACUUUAUAAUGUUUGCCUGAGUUAUAACUAACUACUCUUUAAACGGUUGUUAUGUAGCUUUCUUUGUGCUAGUUAUACAAUACGUUAUUGUAAGGGGUUAUCUGUGAUUUUGUUGAUUUACCUAUUUAUUUUUUUUCCAUUUGUGACCUAAGAACCAAAGAAUAAAAGGAGCAAAAACUAAAA